AUGGAUGAUGUAAUCGCUUGGUACAACAGACUCUUCGAGGAGGAGAAUCCACAGGAGGAAUCGAUUAAUAGUAAGCCAACUGUGGCUAGUACAACUACCCCUGAAAUUGCAAAGUCGUAUGCUCCAUGGAAGGUGAACUUGCGUGAGAUCAACUCGAACAAGACGCGCGCCAGGGCUAAGGAGCUUGGUGCCCAGAUCCCCUGCGAUGGUUGCAAGGCGGCAAAUGUCGGCCGAAAAUGUUGCCAAGAAAUAAACUCGGCGUGCACUGUACUCACCAUCUACUUUGAAAUCCUUGACCCUGCCGAGCUAAAGAGGUUAGGCCUUGACCCUCUUAACCCCUGGUAA